UUAUUUGUACAUAUGUCACCACUAUAUUUAAUUUCAACAAAAAAUGAUAACAUGUCACAUAAAAAUAAUGACAUACUAAUCAUGACAUGUACAAUUUUUCUUAUAAAACUUUUUUUUGCAAGUUUUCUUUUAAUAUGAUAAUAACUACUAACUCAUAUAUUACCAUUAAUGUAAUUUUAUUAUAUAAAUAUUUAUUUUGAGAAAACUGUAUAAAUAUAUUAAUAAUUAAUCUCAUAUAUCACUAUUAAGUUUAUAUAAAUAUAUAUCACAUAAUAAAAAAAUAAACUAAAUAUAAUUUCAAAUAUAUUUUACAGAUAAUAUAUGAUCUAAAGUUUCAGAUCCUUUAUCCUGCAUCCUUAGAUUCAUUUAGUUGUCAAUGAACUGUUUUUCGAGGAGUUGAUUCGUCUCUUGUUCUGCUCGAACAUCUUCCACAUCUUUUUAAUCUUUUGCUCCAAUCUUUGAUUUUGCUUUUGUUUAACAACCAAAUCAUUGAGAAGUUUAUUACUGGUCUCCUCAUACUUAACAUUCACUUCUGCAAUCUUUUUGUUUGGUUUUACCUCUUGUGCAACAUGGUCUAUUUCAAAGAUGUUUACUUGGGCCUUCAACAUCGCAUGGCACUUUGUCUGUUUGGGUAGCCAAUUGUUAUUUGCAUAGCUUCCAGCGCCACUGAAAGAUCCUCAUCGUGAUAGGAGUUGUUGAACUUGUGCCAACAACGUAGAGAAGUGUGACCAAACCUUCCACAUAUUUGACAAGAUGGUCUGUCACCAGAUGACACAAAUGAAGCGGAUGAUCCAGAGGAUGAUAGUUGUUGAUGGAACCCGUGGCGUCUUGUGGAGAAGGAACAACAGCCUUAGCUUCUACCAAACCUUUGAUUAGAUUGUUCCCUUUCACCAGUGUUCUAGUUGGCCUGAUUGAUACUUUUUUGUUCCACAUUAAAUUCAAGAUGUGGAGUGACAUUAGUCGAGAAAUUGUACCUUUGAAUCUGAGCAUUGUGGCCGUGAAGACGAGGGAUGAGAUCUUCGAGGGUUGGGUUCAGGGGCGAAGCCAGACUUUAUUUUUACUAGGUGCAUAUAAUUAAUUAAUAUAAGUUAAAUAAUUAAUAAUGAUAUAAGUUAAAACAGGGGCAUGGAACUUGGGUUCUCAAGAAUUUGUGGGUGCACCUUAACCAAAUAAGCCAAUUCGCCCUCAGUUUCCAAUGUAAAAGUUUUAAAAAUCUAAAUAACUAGUGGGUGCACGUGCACCUAUACUCUACAACCUAGCUUGGUCCCUGGUCAGGCUUGCUAAGAGAUCUACAGCACUUUCAAUACUGGUCAGACUUGUAGUCUUUUCUCAAACCUUGCAGAGCACUGAAAAUCUUCAUCAUUUCAGAAACUGUACUACCAAUAGAGGUUAACUGGUUACAGAUGAGCUUGUCUUAGACUUCUCUUGUUUGGUGAUGGUUUGGAGAUUACGUUGACGCUCAAACAGCAUGGAAGACGUAGGAAGGUUGUAGUAUCUUGUGAGUGUAAGCCAGGUAUCACGAGAUGCUGAGCAGGAAACAACAAGACUUUGAAUAUCUUCGAAACAUGACCCCAUCAGCCAUGGUUUGAUGAUUUGAUCAGUCUGAAACCAGGCCUGGUGGUCUGGGUUCCAAACUGAUGUAGCGGAAGCUUCUAGGGAUAGAACUAGAGAUCCGUUGAUUUUGAGAAUACCCGAAAAACUAGAAUAAUCACAGAGAUCUUAUUUAGUCUAAGAAUGCGUAAGAUCAAUGUCUUCUUAAAAUUCGUUGAGAUCACCAAUGAUCUACCGAAAAUAAGGAACAAAGAGAGAACUCUCAAUUUUAUUAAUCAAUCAAUAAACUCAUAAACUGAAUACAAACUUAAGCCUAAACGACUAUAUAUAAAAAAAUCAUAAAACCCUAAAAACAUUAAAGAUAAUUAUCUAAAUAAUUAAUAAAACAAAUAAUAAGAUAUUUGAAAAUAUUCCAAAUACUUAUCUACAUCGUUCUGUUGUCCAUAUAAUCUUCAAAACGUGAAUUGCUUUGCUCCAAAUUUCGUGCUCCGCCGUUAGAUCUCAAUGUUCCAUUGUUUAUGGAACCCAUGAAAUCUUUCACGUAUGCAUGCAUGGUCUUGAACUCUCUGAAUACAAAAUCCAUUGGCUCCACAAUCAUCACGUCUUCACCAUAUGUAUCAUAAAUCGGAGGACCACUAAUAUGUUUGUACUUCCCGUACAAAUCCUCCGUCGAACUAAACGGAUAUUCAUCAAAGUAAUAAUAACACCCAAGCGACAUAGUUAAGAAAAUAGAAUCAAACUUCAAUUAAGAAAUCAAAGUGCUGGCUCUAAUACCAACUGAUGUAGCGGAAGCUUCUAGGGAUAGAAUUAGAGAUCUGUUGAUUCUGAAAAUAUCCAAAAAAUUAGAAUAAUACAAAGAUCUUAUUUAGUCUAAGAAUGCCUAAGAUCAAUGUCUUCUUAAAUUCGUUGAGAUCACCAAUGAUCUACGGAAAACAAGGAACAAAGAAAAAACUCUCAAUUUUAUUAAUCAAUCAAUAAAAUCAUAAACUGAAUACAAACUUAAGUCUAAACGACUAUAUAUAAAAAACCAUAAAACCCUAAAAACAUUAAAGAUAAUUAUCUAAAUAAUUAAUAAAACAAAUAAUAAGAUAUUUGGAAGUAUUCCAAAUACUUAUCUACAUCAUUAGAAUUUGGAAUAUAAAAUCAUUAAUAUAUUAUUUAGUUUGUAUUUAUAUAAAAUGUAUAUAUAGAUAGAUUAUUAAUUUAUUAUUUUCGUGGGACAAUAUAUUUAUAUAGGACUUUAUAAAAGAUAUUUAUAUUAUUAUUUUAUCGAUUUGUGUCAUAUUUUAAACCGGCCGAAUUUCGGAAUCGAGAAAAUUUAUUAAUUUAUAGUAUUCGUUAAUUUAUCGAGUGUGAAUUUAUAGAAUUUCUAAUAUAAAACUUGUAUCUGCGACUAAUUUUCAGUUUAGCUUAGGUAUGAUUGUGUUUUACAUGCUAGCAGCUUAAAAAAAAAAUUGUGCCUUAUGUAGCAUUCAGGGAGUAACUGCUUAAGGAUUUUGCUUUUAGAGUGGUGACCGUUUCAAUAGCUCUCCCUUUCUCUGAUGAUUUAAAACAAAAGAAAAUUAAUUAGAAAAAGUAUAUACGUCUUUGAUGGUUUUUUCGUCAAACUAUAUGAGAGAAGACAAAAGAAUACUUGCAAGUCAAAGAGAAAAAUUGUUUCAAAGAUAUACGAUUACCAAUUCUUUUCUCGAAGUGCAAAUGUAAGGAAAUGAACGUUGAAUUAUUCCUUGAAUACCAGCGUGAGAAGAACAAAUAUUCGGCAAUAUAUAUUAACAAACCAUAGCGAAAACCAUUAUAAAUAAAGACACCCACAUGUAUCUAUUUCUUGCGAAUCUAAAACUAGCUCUUUUUGCGAUCUAGUACUAUUUUUCAAAGGAACUAAAAUAGAACAAAUUCUUCAUCUCUAAAUCAGUCUUUCCAUUGAUCCAAUUAAUUUUGUUUGUUUCUCGUCGGUUCAAAAUUGCUAGAUGCAACGUUUGGUAGCAUCUUGUUCAAAACUCGCAAACACAAGAUACGUAAGAAACCCAUCCCUACCUAACCCAAACCUGUGUGAUGUUUUCAUCAGUCAUCGCAGGAUCGACACCAAGAAGACAAUUUCAGGUCUAUUACAUGAUCAUUUCACUAGACUACAUUUAAAUUCUUUUCUGGAUAGCAAGAGUUUAAAGCCUGGGGAUAGACUUCUCUUUGAGGUCAAUGCAGCGAUAAGAGAAUGCAGUGUUGGUAUCGCGGUUUUCUCUCCUCGUUACUGCGACUCUUACUUCUGUCUCCAUGAACUCAUGAGGCUCAUGGAGAACAAGAAGAGAAUCAUCCCAAUCUUUUGCAAUGUCAAGCCAUCGGAACUCUGCGUUAAGAAUGACCGCACACGUCCGGCUGCCGAGAUCCGGAGGCUUCAAUUGGCUCUCGAGGAAGCAAAAUACACCGUAGGACUCACGUUUGACACAUCUAAUGGAGACUGGUCAGAGUUCUUGACUAUGGCAUCGGAUGCAGUCAUCGAUAAUUUGUUAGAUGUUGAACAGGGGAGACUAAGGAGCAUCAACCCCCACGUACAAGAACAUAUCUGCGUAGGUCAAUCAAUACAACAAUCAAUAAUAAAGCGUGUCUUAUCUUCCUUUUAUUAACUUAAUUUAAUUUAAUUUGAUAGCUAGUUAGUUCUUUUAUGGAUUUUUCUAAGAAUGUAAAUAUCAUGCAAAAUGAAAAUGUUUAGAUAAAUAAGUUAUCUGGAAAGGUAUCAACUUGGCGAAAAAGAUUAAAAAAACAAGGAGAAACAAUUAAGAUUUGCAGAUUUUUUUUGUAAAAAAUGUUAAGCAUUAUUACCAGAAUUUCAGUUUGAGACAGAGAUUACACAGUUCAUAGGUAGCGGAAUAACAGAAAUUAAACUAAGCAAAAGAACCUAAUAACGAUUAUAGAACAAGCGAAAGAACUAGAGAAAGGGAUUAGAACCAGACAGCACCAAAGCGAUGAUGGACCAGAAGAGAAGGCAUGAACGGAGUGAGCUAACAGUUACCGCGAGCUACCGGAGGAAAAUGAGCCCUCAAACCUUGAAACACACGGUUCCUACAACUUCUGAUUCACCCACAACCCACUACCUUCACAAAGAAUCACAUCUCGAACCUGCUUGUACACCCAAGAGGAACCACACCGGCAACACGAGGAGAGAUCUACAACCGACGAUGCCCUCGUUCGGAGAGAGAAGACUGAAGAUUGCUGCCUCCAACCUUCCUACCCGGGACCGUUACACCCAUUUAACCGAGUGCUCAUAUAGAACAGCCAUAUAGGAAGAGCGCACCCCCUCCGGAGAAGCGCCUACAAGUAGACAAGAAAGUCGAAAGCACCAGUGAAGCUUAUCCUUCACCACAAAACCAGAGCACUUCCAGCUUAGACCAAACCGCACUAAGGUUUCACAGGAGAAAGAGACAGCGAUACGGAGAGCCACACUGCCGAGCACACACAAAAAUUUGAGCAGCAGCCAACCACCAGAACACGCCAAGACGCACCCGCAGUUGACUAACCUAGACGCGCCGCCACCGAAGACCGCAGAGAGACAGAUCCACUCACCGGUACACUUCACGCGCCACCACCAGAUAUCACCGGCAGAACACAAAGAUGGAUGAGAUACCUUAGAUCCACGGACCCAGGCCCCUAAACUGCUGAGAAAACCGACUCCAACCAGCCACACUGAGAGGAUGACGAAACCGAGACAGGUUACUCGGAUCCUCACGCGCCACUACCUCGAGGAAACCCCCCCAAGGAAGAAGAAAAUCCUCCGGACAGAGAUCUCGGAGUAAGAACCAGAGAUAGACCCAGCGAGUGGAGAGCCGCCCUCAAGCUCCACCGACACCACCAAGUACCCCCAGAUCUACACAGAGACCACUAGAUCUGAACCAGAGAUCCUUGGAAGAGGACCACCUCCGCCGAGAGAAAGAAAGCAGAGACCACAAAGAUACAAAGGAGAAGCAUGGAAGAGACAGAGGGGCUCCGGCUACCGCCUAAGAGGUGCAGCGGCGCUAGAGAAUCGAGACUAUGGAGGAGAAAACCCUAGAGGCGCUGGAGAGAAAAGAGGAGAAGAGAGAGAGAACGUUUAAGAUUUGCAGAUGAUCAAAAGAAAGUUAAAAAAGUCAAUGUAGCAUGAGACCACCAGAGCAGAACUAACAAGCUGGUUUGGGAAAAACCCUAAUCUCUCUUCUUUCUUGCGUCCGCCGGAAAUCAAUUGUUUUUCUUCUCCAUUCUUUUCAUGUUUUAUGUUCUUAUUUGUUAUCCUCUCGUAUUCUUUAUCUGUGUUUUGUGGUCGUGGUGAUCUAUUUUGGUCAUUCUUGGGUUAGAUCUUGUAGCUGACAAGCAGAUUCGAUGAUUUUCGACGAGUACUACGUCGGUGUGGCACUUUGUGUUUGUUUACUCGGUUUUUCUAUAUGGAUUUUGACCAGACUUUUUAAGAGUUUCUGGUUCCUGGUGGAGUGACGGUCUUCUCGUUAAGUUCCAGAUCCUUCUGGAGUGAUGGAUUUGGUGUUUUAUUGGUUUGAUUAACCUCCUCGACGUUUCGAUAGCAUGUUGUUUUCUCUCUUUGUUAAUAAGUUAUUGGCCACUGUUAGGCUAUCAUAGGUCAGAAUUGGUGGGAAUUAUCUUAUAGAAACAGAUUCCUAAAAUUUGAAUUCUUCUCAAGCCGCUAUUGUGGAUAAAAAAAAAGAAGAGCUAGUUUCAAGGAUCUGAGCUUAUGUUUUUACAAUUUGGCAUCUAAUUUUGGAUCUUCCAUAUCGAUGGCAAACAUGUGACAUAACCGUAUCAUCUUUAUGGACCCCUUCUCUUGCUCAUGAUUCUAUCUUGUAUCCAUUGCACUACUCUCACUUGCAAAAUAGAGUGGAAGCGGUAAGAGAUCAGAGAUCAGAGAUCAUAGUCCUCUGGCUCGUCAUGUUCCCUUUGGCUGCAACAACUACUCGGUUAGGAGGGUGGUCAGUAAAGCUUAUACCUUGAAAAUUAGUACAAAAACCAGUCUGUUGGUUGGUGCUAUCUCAAUCUUUGGCGGGUUUUAUCUAUGCUCUUUUGAACUCUUUAUAUCACAUAUUGGUGAUUCUUUUUAGUUUAUUUACUUUUUUUUUUAAAGCCGACUGUUUGAA